GUAAAUAACACUACUACAACUCAAUUCACAAUACUUACUGCGAAUAAUAUUUAUAUUAGUGCUAGGCUAUUUGGCGUAAAUUAUAUUUUAGGCGUUUAUUUAGAGUAUAUAUUAUAUUCAGUAGGAUUGGUUUGGAGUAUUUGAAUAUUGAUACUACAAAUACCUAUUUUUAAGUUUAAAUAUUUUUGUAAUUAAGCUUCAAAAGCUUAAAAGUUAAUACAUAUUUCGUUUAAAUUAUCCAAGAAGUCAAGAACCAAGAAUGGCAUUAGUUGCAUACGAUAAUAGUGACUCUGACACUGAUUAUGAAGAUGAAACUAGUGAAAACCCAAAUGACGUAGUAGUACCAAAACUUCCCCCAUCAAUCUUGAAUACUAUAGACGGAAAUCAUGAAGGAUGCAAUGAAAAAAACCUUUUUAUUGCACUGCCAAAACCAACGAUUUCUAAAUCAAGUCUCAAAGAAGAGAAUGAUGAAUUUCUUCUGAAAAAAGAGAAACAACCCGAUGUUAAACCUAAAUCAAGAAUCACAGUACCUUCUCUAAAUGAUUUUAAAGAUGUAAAAAAUACUAUACCAGAUGGCAUCAAAUCAAAACCAACAAAUGGAAAAAAAUCAGGCCUGCUUAGCUUAUUGCCACAACCUAAAAGUGAGUCAAGUAUGUCAAAGAUAAUUGUACCACAAUCUGUUAAAAAGAAUAAUCAACUAAAACCUGUAUUAAAGACGACAUUUUCAUCUAAAGAUAAAGGUGAUCAUAAUAAAAAAUCUGUGAUUGAGUAUUCUGAUGAAAGUGAUGAUGAAAUACAAAAUGAUUUCUUCUCAAUAAAUAAGAAGGUUGAAUUACCUCCAGUUGAAGUAUAUCCAGAUAUUGAUAUUAAAGAAAGUGUAUCAGAUAAGAAAGAACCCAGUAUUGAGUCAUACUUCAAGAAGGAAGAUAAUCAUGUGGAUCUUCAGAAUAAUGUAUAUUCGGAUUCAGUAAAUAAUGAAAAUUAUAUAGGAUUCAAUGCUGACUAUGUAACUCCGGAAACAUAUAAUAAUAGUGUUCAGGCUGAGAGUAAUGAUGUUUUAGAUGAUGAAGCUAUAUUAAAACUAUGUGGAGCAAGAGGUAAGCGCAAACGAGAAGAAAUACAAAUUGUGGAUGUUAACCAACAAGACGUUCUGAAAGACGCUAGAGAACUAUUAAUGAAAGGCCUUAUGGAUGACACUACAAAACGACAAUCACAUAGCAAAAAGAGAGGCAAUGAACCAACAAGUCAACAAAAGAGAAAGCAUCAAAUAACUUAUCUGGCUCAUCAGGCUAAAGCUAAUGAAGCAGAGUUACAAAACCAAUGGGCCAACAAUAGAAUGACAAAACGGAUGACACAAUCAAAAUAUGGAUUUUAAUAGUAUACUUAAGGAUUAUGUAUUAAGAAUACUACUUAUCAAUACUUUUUGUACACCUUGUUGGGCAGAAAAUUUAUAUCUUACCCAAAUAGUAACCAAGAUUUUCUAUAGUUAUAUUUUGUAAAUAAAAUAUGUUUAGUGAAAAAA